AUGGAGGGGCCCAUCCGUCCUUUCUUCCUGCAGGUUUCCGGUGUGGAGCAUACGAACGAUCAAUCCAAGUCCUGGGAUAAGCCUAUGGGGGUAUGGCUCCCACCACGUCGUAAGAACUAUUACAAUAAACUGAAUUCGACCGGAUGGUAUGUCUGGGACCCUGGCCUAGUGUACAAUUAUUCAGGCAUGCAGUCUUUGCUUGAACCUGGCCUGAAUCGCUUGCGUCGCCUGAACCCCAACGAGCAACAACGAUUUAGACCAUACAGGGCUGCGACCAUGUUCUGGGACCCCUACGCGCACAAUUAUGUUCAUGUUCCUCUAGACUGUACAGAGGAAGAUGUCGAUGGUUCAGAAUCUGGCUUCGAUUGGAGGCGUCCUGGCUUCAGUGUCUGUCAAGCGGAAGGGGGUCACGAUAUUGCUGUGAUCGGUCACUCCGAGGAGCAUCAACAGCUUCAUCUCCCCGGCCCAGGGAGAUGGUUCGAAAAGUUGCUUCCAAUCACACUUCAACCCCCAGAAGAGCCUCAGUCGCGACAGUGUAAACUCGCAGGUGAUCUUGACAUUUUGAUCGGCUUAAUCGCUUUUUCGACGACUUUCGAGUAUGCUCCCCAAGCGAUUGAUUGCUUGUUCAGGCCAGAUCUAAGAACGGCCGACUUUAACCCUGCUUGGAGCAAUGGUCUACCUGCUGACAACCGGCGUCGGCGUAAAGGAUUACUCAUUGAGAUUGGGUAUGAUUAUCAGCGAACCAACUCAGAUGAGCUCCGUGAAUGGGAGCGCGGACUGUAUGGCGAGCUCUUUCGAUGA